AUGGGUGAACAAAACCGGUACAAUGAAGCCGGUGUAAAUGAUGAAGAAGCAUAUUUGGACAGCGGGUUUUCACGAAGUGAUUGGAAUCCGAAAAUUACAGUUGGGCAAAUUUUCUCUAGUAAGAAAGCAUUGUUGACGGAGUUACGGUUCACGGCAUUAAGAGGCCACUUUGAAUUUAAGGUGCAAUUCUCUUGCACUAAGAGGUUGCUUGUGGUUUGUUGUCAACGUCCAUGCCCAUGGCGGGUCCGAGCAUCGAGAAUUGGAGAAUACAGCUUCAUGAUUGUGAGGUGUACAACUGUCCAUGAAUAUGAUUUGAGGUUCGUAAGUGACAAGCAUCGUCAAGCAGCCGUAGCACUUGUAGCCACUUCACUUAAAAGGAAGUUGAAGGAUUCUCGGACAAUAUACACACCAAGUGACAUUAUGAGAGAUGUGAAACACAGCUUUGGUUGCACCAUCCAUUAUUCGAAAGCUUGGAAAGCAAGGGAGUUAGCUCUAUUGUCCAUUAGAGGAUCAGCGGAGGAGGCAUAUUAUAUCCUUCCAGCUUAUUGCUAUGAAUUGGAGUGGUUCCGUUCUUCCAUGCGCCCAGUGAUAGCCGUGGAUGCCACUCAUUUAAAAUCCAAGUACAAGGGUGUUAUGUUUGUAGCAAACGUAUUCGAUGGUAAUCAAAAUAUAUAUCCUCUUGCUUUAGGGAUCGGGGAUUUGGAGACGGAUGCAUCAUGGCAUUGGUUUUUCACUAAACUUCAUGAAGCCAUUGGUGAGUGUCCCAAUCUUGUUAUUAUUUCUGAUCGCAAUGUUAGCAUAGAGAAUGUGUGGAACAAAAUUUUUCCAACUGCACAACAUGGCAUAUGCUUUUAUCAUAUGAAGGGGAACAUGAAACACACUUGCAAGUUGAAAAAGCGUGAUCACAUACUUAUGCACUUUGAGCAGGCUGCGAAAUCUUAUUCCAUUGCUGAAUUUGAUUGUCAUUUUCGCAACAUCAAGCGAAAGGAACAUGUUGCUCAAUGUCUUGAAGAGGCAGGGUUACAUAAGUGGUCUAGAGCUCACAUGGAUGGACGCCGCUACAAUGUAAUGACAAUAAAUAUUGCGGAGUCAAUCAACUCAGUCCUUAGGUUUGCAAGGAUGUUGCCAGUGGUUCAUUUGAUAGGGGAAAUUGUUAAUCUCCUUGUGAAAUGGUUCACUGAACGUCGUGAGUUGGCUUUGAAUUGCACAACAACAUUGUGCCCCAAUUUUGGAGAGAAGAAGUUGAGGAACAGGUUGGAGGAUGCUGCCAGGAUGAAUGUGGUUAAAUUAAAUAAUGCACAGUUUAAUGUUUUGGACGGUGAUAAGGACGGCCUCGUAGAUUUGACGAACAACAGUUGUAGUUGUAGAAAGUUUCAGCUUGAGCAGCUACCUUGCAAGCAUGUAGUUGCAGUUUGCCGCUUCUUGAAAGUAAAUGUAUACUCAAAGGCUUCUCGGUAUUACACUCGGAAAACCUGGAUGGAUGCUUAUUCGGAUAGCAUCUACCCGGUACAACCUCAAGGAAUGUGGGAUAUUCCUGAAGAUGUUCGAAGUCGAGUUGUGCUGCCUCCCAUGGCAAGGGUCAUGCCAGGCAUACGAAAGAAGAUAAGAAUUCCCUCGCAAGGAGAGGGCACCAUUAGAAGAAAGUGCUCAAGGUGCGGUUCCGCAGGCCACAAUAAAAGCACUUGUAAAAACAGUAUUCCAUUGCGCAAUGUAUCUUAG